CGAGCGGGAAAUUUUGCCGCCAUCCAGCACCAAUCUGCGCGUGAGGGAAGGAGGGGGCGGGAAGGUUGGUUUGCGGAGGGCAGGCUCUCCAGCGUUACCAGCGCUCAACACUAAUAUACCCUCUGUACAGCAUCUCAGGCAAAUACUUCAAAAUUCAGCCAUAGCCACGACAUGAAAGAAUUUACUGGAGAAUAAGUGGACAGACCGAGCGGAUAAUCAACUGCUCAGAAAGUGUCCGAAGUCCGUCGGAAGGGGGAAAAAAAAGAGGAUUUCUCACUGGCUUUCAGGACUUCAGAGUGCUAUGGCUGGCGUUUUCCACAAGCUCACGUCAUGCGUCUGCUGCGUGUGGAUCCUCCUCAGUCUUUUAUUCAACCCAAGCUCACAAACCGGGGCUGUAACCGGUCACAGAGAACCCAUUCCCGAUGACAGCAAAGACAACAUCACCAUCUUCACCCGGAUCUUAGAUCGCUUGCUGGACGGUUACGACAACAGAUUGCGUCCCGGGCUUGGAGCAGAAAGUGUGACUGAGGUGAGGACAAACAUCUACGUGACAAGCUUCGGACCAGUAUCAGACACCGAUAUGGAGUACACGAUUGAUGUGUUCUUCCGGCAGAGCUGGCGGGACGAGAGGUUGAAGUUUGACGGGCCCAUGCAGGUCCUUCCACUUAACAACUUGCUCGCAAGCAAGAUCUGGACCCCGGAUACCUUCUUCCACAACGGGAAGAAGUCAGUAGCCCACAACAUGACUACACCCAAUAAACUUCUGCGACUGGUAGACAAUGGGACUCUACUCUACACUAUGAGAUUAACCAUCCAUGCUGAGUGUCCAAUGCAUCUGGAGGAUUUUCCCAUGGACGCCCACGCCUGCCCGCUGAAGUUCGGGAGCUAUGCCUACACUAACAAUGAGGUCGUGUACAUCUGGACGGCGGAUGAUGAGAAAUCAGUGUCUGUGGCUCCUGACGGUUCGAGACUCAACCAGUAUGACCUGCUGGGACACGUCAUCGGCAAAGAGACCAUCAGCUCCAGUACAGGAGAAUAUGUGGUGAUGACAACAUAUUUCCAUUUGAAAAGGAAAAUUGGCUAUUUCGUGAUCCAGACGUAUCUGCCCUGCAUAAUGACCGUCAUAUUAUCUCAGGUCUCCUUCUGGCUGAACCGCGAGUCUGUGCCGGCGCGCACCGUCUUCGGUAAGUCUUUUUUUUAUCCUUUCGCUGUUGUUUAUUAAUGCGCCGAUGUGCUC